AAAUCAAUCCCUGACCUCAGUAAGUGAUAUAGUAAAUACAGUGGCAAGAAAAAGUAUGUGAACCCUUUGGAAUUACCUGGAUUUCUCCAUAAAUUGGUCCUAAAAUUUGAUCUUAUCUUCAUCUAAGUCACAGCAAUAGACAAACACGGUGUGCUUGAACUAAUAACACAAAUUAUUGUAUUUUUCAUUUUUCUUCUUUAUUGAAUACAGCAUUUAAACAUUCACAGGUCCAGCGUUGUACGUGUUCAUGAUUUAAUAAUAGACCUGAACGACAAAGAGAACAAAUGAAACCGAAACAGUUCUGUCUGGUGCAGACGCAAAAACAGAAAACAACUAUCCACAAAACCCAUGUGGGAAAAAGCUACCUAAGUAUGGUUCUCAAUCAGAGACAAUGAUAGACAGCUGCCUCUGAUUGAGAACCACACCCGGCCAAACAACAAAGAAAUAGAAAAUGAACAUAGAAUGCCCACCCUAGUCACACCCUGGCCUAGCCAAAAUAGAGAAUAAAAGCCUCUCUAUGGCCAGGGCGUGACACAUUGCUGCAUGUCUGAAUUUCGCAAAAGAGCACCUGGAUGUUCCACAGCGCAAGUGGCAAAAUAUUCUGUGGACAGAUUAAACUAAAAUGAUGUUGUUUGGAAGGAACACACAACACUAUGUGGAGAGAAAAAAAAGGCACACCAACAUCAAAACCUUAUCCCAACUGUAAAGUAUGGUGGAGGGAGCAUCAUGGUUUUGGCUGUUUUGCUGCCUCAGGGCCUGGACAGCUUGCUAUCAUCAAUGGAGAAAUUAAUUCCCAGGUUUAUCAAUACAUUUUGCAGGAGAAUGUAAGGCUCUGUCCGCCAAUUGAAGCUCAACAGAAGCUGGUUGAUGAAACAGGACAAUGACCCAAAACACAGAAGUAAAUCAACAACAGAAUGGCUUAAGCAGAGGAAAAUAUGCCUUCUGGAGUGGCCCAGUCAGAGUCCUGAUCUCAAUCCGAUUGAGAUGCUGUGGCAUGACCUCGAGAGCAGUUCACACCAGACUCUCCAAGAAUAUUGCUGAACUGAAACAGUUUGUAAAGAGGAAUGGUCCAACAUUCCUCUUAACUGUUUGCAGGUCUGAUCCGCAACUACAAAAAACGUUUGGUUGAGGUUAUUGCUGUCAAAGGAGGGUCAACCAGUUAUUAAAUCCAAGGGUUCACAUACUUUUUCCACCCUGCACUGUGAAUGUUUACACGGUGUGUUCAAUAAAGACAUGAAAACGUAUAAUUGUUUGUGUUAUUAGCUUAAACAGACUGUCUACUUAGUUGAAGAUCAGAUCCAAUUUUAUGACCAAUUUAUGCAUAAAUACAGGUAAUUCCAAAGGGUUCAUACUUUUUCUUGUCACUGUAUGUAGGGGAGUGUGCUUGUGUGUGCGGGAGAAAGGUUGUGUUAACACAGGCAGCCCAAUUCUGAUCUAAUUGGGAAAAAGAUCUGAUCUGUUUGGUCAAAAUACCAAUUAGUGGCAUAAAUAUCAGAAUUGGGCUGUCUGUGUAAACACAUCCAAAGUGUGUGUGUGUGUGUGUGUGUGUGUGUGUGUGUGUCAACCCUCUGAGGGAAUAGUGUACAACAAAAAUGUAUUGUUAUUUUGAGUUUUUGUUCUAGGAUCAAUUAAACUGGGGAAAAGGCCAAUACAUUUAUUUUAUUCACAUUAAUUGACUAUUACUAAUAAAUAUGGCAACUGAAACCUUCAUAUUUAAUCAAUACGUUUCAUCAAAUUUAACCUGUUGGAAGUUUCUGAUCACGUAGUAGCCUAUCUGUAUUGUGUGCUGUGGACCACCUUAUCACACACAAGACACCAGAUAGCCAAUGGAAGGCCUCCUUGCACGAGCCAACCGACUCCCUGGCAACGUGUCCCGUGCGCUCAUUGGUAGAAGGUUGGAGAAUUCAACUUUGGGACGAUUCACACGAGCCAUUCGCGUGCAGCUUCCUCUAUAAAUAUGACCGUAGGUGAAAGUGAUAGUGUUGACUUGUUAUCAACACCGUACUGGAAGGUCGUUAACUGCAGGAUGUAGCCUCGGCAAUAGCUACGUUGUAAUAAACACCUGUAACGAACAGCGUUGGUCAGGAAAAAAGUACAUGACCGGUGUUUGAAUAUUUCUCAAUAGGCUGGACUUUAUUGAACAAUUUUGGGACAAAUGAUUUGCUGAAGUUGACUGGACGAUUGUGGGAUAUUAAACAUUUAAGAUGCCGGCUGAUAUUUUGGAGAAAACUUCCCCAUCUUCUGUUGCAGCCACCCCGUCGAGCGUAAAUGGAAAUCCGGAUAAACCAAGGACUGCCUCAGAGCACAGAAAGUCUUCUAAACCAAUUAUGGAGAAGAGAAGACGCGCGCGAAUCAACGAAAGCCUUGGACAGCUCAAGACCCUCAUACUGGACGCUCUAAAGAAAGAUAACUCCAGGCAUUCGAAGCUGGAGAAGGCAGACAUCCUUGACAUGACUGUGAAGCACCUAAGGAAUAUGCAGCGUCUUCAAAUGACUGGUGCUAUAAGCACGGAUUCAUCAGUCCUUGGCAAGUACAGAGCGGGAUUCAGCGAGUGCAUGAGUGAAGUCACCCGUUUUCUGUCCACACGUGAAGGGAUGAACAUGGAGGUCAUGUCCCAACUUCUCAGCCACUUAGCCGGUUGUGUGUCACAGAUCAACACCGUAAACUACUCAACUCAUCGCCAGAGCCUCACCUACCCUGCGCAUCCAGCGCAUCCAACGCUUGGCCAAGCCAUUGUGCAAAUCCCAAAUUCUCAGUUGAAUGUAAUCAUGCCUUGCAAAAGUGGCUCGCCAAUCAACUUCACGUCCGAAGUGGCUAAAUUCUACAGCGGACUUCAGAUUGUUUCAGCGACAGAUGGACAAUUCGCCUUUCUGAUUCCAAGCGCGGCCCUUGCGCAAAUGAGCGUGCCAAACGCCUUACAUGGCAAUCCAACAGUUGCGGUGGCGGUGUCACCUGUUGCACCUCCCAUCACUGCAGACUCCGUGUGGAGACCAUGGUAGGGUCAUUAGACUGAAGGACUUUUAUGCACCAUAACACAUUUUUUUCUGAUAUGAGUUGUUAUAUAUUUUUGUAUAGGCUGUUCAAAGCAAUAGUCAAGAGUGAUGCUUACUCACAUGUUGUUGUUCUUUGAUGGAGAAUACACUUUUCCAUGAGAUAUAUUUUCAGUGAUGUCAUGAUCAUGUUUUAUUGUUGUGAUACAACAAUUAUUCAAAUGCCCUCAAAUGCCUUCCUUCAGGAAAUCAAUAAAUUCUUCAAAUGAAAUUGCAA